UUUCAGCGGGAGGAGCGGCGCGGGUUGCUCGCUGUGCUCGGCGCUGUCUGGCGGCGGAUCGGGAUCGGGGUCGGGAUCUCGCCCCUCCAGCCCCGGCGCGGAACGAAAGCCUCCAGCCCCGGCGCGCGGGUCCGCACCGAGACGCGGCGGCGAAGGGGUUAAGGGCGGGCGGGCCCCGCUUCCUGCGGGCGACGGCUGUCGCGGGCCGGCGGAGCCAUGGCGGCCACGGGCGUGCUCCCCUUCAUCCGCGGCGUGGAUCUCAGCGGCAACGACUUCAAGGGCGGCUAUUUCCCAGAGCACGUGAAAUGUAUGACCAGCCUGCGAUGGCUGAAGCUGAACCGCACGGGCCUGUGCUACCUCCCGGAGGAGCUCUCUGCACUCCAGAAGCUGGAGCACCUGUCUGUGAGCCACAACAGCCUGACCACACUGCAUGGAGAGCUCUCUGGCCUCCCCUGCCUUCGGGCGAUCGUGGCCCGAGGAAACAGCCUGAAGAACUCGGGCGUCCCCGAUGACAUCUUCCAGCUGGACGACCUCUCGGUGCUGGACCUGAGCUACAACCAGCUCAUGGAGUGUCCCCGCGAGCUGGAGAACGCCAAGAACAUGCUGGUCCUCAACCUUGGCCACAACAGCAUCGACAACAUCCCAAACCAGCUGUUCAUCAACCUGACGGACCUGCUGUACCUGGACCUGAGCGACAACCGACUGGAGACCCUGCCCCCGCAGAUGCGGCGCCUCGUGCACCUGCAGACGCUGGUCCUGAACAACAACCCACUCCUCCAUGCCCAGCUGCGGCAACUCCCGGCGAUGACGGCGCUGCAGACGCUGCAUCUCCGGAACACGCAGCGCACCCAGAGCAACCUGCCCACCAGCUUGGAAGGCCUGACUAACCUGGCAGACGUGGACCUGUCCUGCAACGACCUGAACCGGGUGCCCGAGUGCCUCUACACCCUGCCCAGCCUGCGGCGCCUCAACCUGAGCAGCAACCAGAUCUCAGAGCUGUCCCUCUGCAUUGAUCAGUGGACCCAGCUGGAGACCCUCAACCUGUCGAGGAACCAGCUCACCUCGCUGCCUUCGGCCAUCUGCAAGCUGACCAAGGUGAAGAAGCUGUACCUGAACUCCAACAAGCUGGACUUUGACGGCAUCCCCUCGGGCAUCGGCAAGCUGGCUAGCCUGGAAGAGUUCAUGGCUGCCAACAACAACCUGGAGCUCAUCCCAGAGAGUCUCUGCAGGUGCACAAAGCUGAGGAAGCUGGUGCUGAACAAGAACCGCCUGGUCACGCUGCCUGAGGCCAUCCACUUCCUGACGGACGUGGAGAUCCUGGACGUGCGGGAGAACCCCAGCCUGGUGAUGCCACCGAAGCCCGUGGACCGCACCUCGGAGUGGUACAACAUUGACUUCUCCCUGCAGAACCAGCUGCGCCUGGCAGGCGCCUCCCCAGCCACGGUGGCUGCGGCUGCUGCAGGCAGCGGCACCAAGGACCCCCUGGCCCGCAAGAUGCGGCUGCGGCGACGCAAGGACUCAGCCCAGGAUGACCAGGCCAAGCAGGUGCUGAAGGGCAUGUCCGACGUGGCGCAAGAGAAGAGCCGGACACUGCAGGAGCAUGAGGAUAUGAAGUCCCCGGAUAUGAAGACGCGACGCUGGGACCAGAGCUUGGAGAAGCCGCACCUGGACUACUCGGAGUUCUUCACCGAGGACGUGGGGCAGAUCCCGGGCGUGUCGGUCUGGCAGAUCGAGAACUUCGUGCCCACCCCGGUGGACGAGGCCUUCCACGGCAAGUUCUACGAGGCCGACUGCUACAUCGUGCUCAAGACCUUCCUGGACGAUAAUGGCUCGCUGAGCUGGGAGAUCUACUACUGGAUCGGGCAGGAGGCCACGCUGGACAAGAAGGCCUGCUCCGCCAUCCAUGCCGUCAACCUGCGCAACUACCUGGGUGCCCAGUCCCGCAGCGUGCGCGAGGAGAUGGGCGACGAGAGCGACGAAUUCAGCCAGGUGUUUGACCACGAGAUCUCCUACAUCGAGGGGGGCUCAGCCAGCGGCUUCUUCACCGUCGACGACACCCAUUACCUCACCAGGCUGUAUCGUGUCUAUGGAAAAAAGAACAUCAAGCUGGAGCCGGUGCCACUGAAGGGCACGUCGCUGGACCCGCGGUUCGUCUUCCUGCUGGACCACGGCCUCAACCUCUACGUGUGGCGCGGGAGCCAGGCCACCCUGAGCGGCACCACCAAGGCCAGGCUCUUCGCCGAGAAGAUCAACAAGAACGAGCGCAAGGGGAAGGCGGAGAUCACGCUGCUGAGCCAAGGCCAGGAGGAGCCUGCCUUCUGGGAGGUGCUGGGGGGGGCCCCCCCGGAGAUCAAGCCCAACGUCCCGGACGACUUCCAGCCACCCAAGCCCAAGCUGUAUAAGGUCGGCCUGGGGCUGGGCUACCUGGAGCUGCCCCAAAUCAACUACAAGCUCUCGGUGGAGCACAAACAGCGUCCGAAGGUGGAGCUGCUGCCGGACAUGCGCCUGCUGCAGAGCCUGCUGGACACGCGCUCCGUGUACAUCCUGGACUGUUGGUCAGAUGUCUUCAUCUGGAUCGGCCGCAAGUCCCCACGCCUGGUGCGGGCCGCGGCCCUUAAGCUGGGCCAGGAGCUGUGUGGCAUGUUGCACCGUCCCAAGCAUGCCAUCGUCACCCGCAACCUCGAGGGCACCGAGUGCCAGGUGUUCAAGUCCAAGUUCAAGAACUGGGACGACGUGCUCAAGGUGGACUACACCCGCAAUGCCGAGACCGUGCUGCAGGCCGAGGGGCUAGCUAGCAAGGUGAAGAAGGAUGCUGAGAAGAAGGACCAGAUGAAGGCCGACCUCACGGCCCUGUUCCUGCCCCGCCAGCCCCCCAUGGCCCUGACGGAGGCAGAGCAGCUGAUGGAGGAGUGGAACGAGGACCUGGAUGGCAUGGAGGGCUUUGUCCUGGAAGGCAAGAAGUUUGCCCGCCUGCCCGAGGAGGAAUUUGGGCACUUCCACACCCAGGACUGCUACGUCUUCCUGUGCAGGUACUGGGUGCCGGUGGAGUAUGAAGCGGAUGAGGAGAAGAAAAAGGGCGAGGGGCCGGGCGAGGCCGAGGAGGAGGAGAAGCCGCCCGAGGAGGACUUCCAGUGUGUGGUGUACUUCUGGCAGGGCCGCGAGGCCUCCAACAUGGGCUGGCUCACCUUCACCUUCAGCCUGCAGAAGAAGUUUGAGAGUCUCUUCCCCGGCAAGCUGGAGGUGGUGCGCAUGACCCAGCAGCAGGAGAACCCCAAGUUUCUGUCGCACUUCAAGCGCAAGUUCAUCAUCCACAAAGGCAAGCGGAAGGCCAAGGCUGACAGCCUGCAGCCCAGCCUGUACCACGUCCGCACCAACGGCAGUGCCCUCUGCACCCGGUGCAUCCAAAUCGGCACCGAUGCCAGCUUGCUCAACUCCGAGUUCUGCUUCAUCCUGAAGGUGCCCUUCGAGAGCACAGACAACCAGGGCAUCGUGUACACCUGGGUGGGCCGCGCGGCCGACCCCGACGAGGCCAAGCUGGCCGAGGACAUCAUGAACCACAUGUUCGACGACUCCUACAGCAAGCAGGUGAUCAACGAGGGGGAAGAGCCCGAGAACUUCUUCUGGGUGGGCAUUGGGGCCCAGAAACCCUACGAUGAGGACGCCGACUACAUGAAGCACUCGCGGCUCUUCAGGUGCUCCAACGAGAAGGGCUACUUCUCCGUGUCCGAGAAGUGCUCUGACUUCUGCCAGGACGACCUGGCCGACGACGACAUUAUGCUGCUGGACAACGGCCGCGAGGUUUACAUGUGGGUGGGGACCCAGACCAGCCAGGUGGAGAUCAAGCUCAGCCUGAAAGCCUGCCAGGUGUACAUCCAGCACAUGCGCUCCAAGGACACCGAGCACCCGCGAAAGCUGCGCCUGGUGCGGAAAGGCAACGAGCCUCAUCCCUUCACCCGCUGCUUCCACGCCUGGAGUGGUUUCCGCAAGCCGCCCGCCUAGGCCAGGCUGGGUCGAGCGGGACCGCAAGGGGUCAGCCCUGCACCAUGCACGCCGCUUCGGGAAGGGCAGGAACAGAGACCCCCCGGCCCCCUACCCCUACAACCCCCAACACUGGCCGGUGCUACCCGUGCCUCCCUGCUGCUGGAUCUGUCGGCGCUGCACUCAACAUGGCUGCAGACACCGGUGUGUGGUGCCUGCUUCUGCCUCUUCCUCGGCCCCAGAGACCUCAGCAGUAUCUGUGGAGGUGGCUUCUGCCCAGCCUUGCACGUGGCCUCUCUCAUGUGCCUCUGGGCUCCAAGGAGGAGCAGGCUAUGCCAUGCCUGGGGGCAGCGAAGGCUCUGGGCACCUCACUGGAGCCUGGGGACCGCAGCUGCGGGUGCACUUGGUGCAGGGAGAGCAGGGCAGUGGCUGGGAGCUGGCAGCUGCUGUUCAACCCAGGCAGAAGUGGUAGAAGCAGAGAGCAGCUGCUCCAGCCUGAGCCCAACUCACUGCCUGCCUGCCUGCUGCUGGGGGCAGAAGGAGCAGGUUCAACCCCCACCCCCCAUUCCCCAGGGUUGGAACGGGGUGAGCAGCCAUCUGUGCCUUAGGGCCCCACUGCCCCCCAGCUGCUGCUGCUGCUCCACACUGGGCACUCCCUGCUGCUGGAGGGUAGCAGCACGGCCUCACUGCCCCGUCCCUCCCUCGCCCUGCAAAUGCUCUCGGGCUCUGCCUCGAGGAGUCCGGGGUGCUGGGGCUGGCGUCGUGUUGUGGGGAAUGCACCAACCCCUCCUAGCUCCACACGCACCCAGACCCUGCUCACUGCCCGCAGUGGGGCCUAAAGAGCUGCCACGCUGGGCUGAGCCCCCACAGCCUCUAGUGGCCCUGAGAGCGGGGCAAGUGCAUGGCAGCACCCGGUAGGCACCACUGUGCUCCACAGCAUGGAGCAGUGGUUGCUGGGUCUUGCCCUCAUCCUCCUCCCCGAUCCCCAGCUCCAGGGUCCCAGCGGGCUCUGCCCUCUGCUGCUGCUGUCUGCGCUCGUGGGGGUCAGGGAUUCAGAGGGGGGCUGUCUGGGCCCGUGCGCUGCAUCAUAUCAAUAAAAUUGCACUUCACAGCU